AUGGCUCCGAGUCCUCCCGAGUCCUCCCGAGUCCUCCCGAGGCUGCCGCAGGGAGAACACGCAGAAGAACGUGGGCAGCAGGAAGUACGCCUUCAACAGUCUGCAGCUCAGGGCCUUCCCCAAACACUACCGGCCCCCGACCGGGACCUACGGCAAAGUGGAGACCUGACCUCCUCUGGGACCUCCUCUGGGACCUCCUCUGGGACCUCCUCUGGGACCUCCUCUGGGACCAUCAGGGGUUUUGUGGAGGCCGGAGGUCAGAUCAGCUUCGACGUCUUCCCCGACGGUUGGGACAAACGUUACUGUCUGGGCAUCGUGGAGAAGGACCAUUACUCCACCAUCCACUUCUUUGGAGACAAGACCAAACCUGGCGGAAACGACUUUGAAAUCUACACAGACGAUCGAACCGUGGGCCACGAGGUCAACAGCCCCGAGGAGACUAUGAAGGUCUGCAAAGAACUGUUUAUGUGA